AUGAAAAGGGUUGCUGCCAAGUUUAAUCCUCGGGCUCUGACUGACAAUCAAAAAGAACCCCGAGCUGAAACAUGUCCUGCUUUGGCACAACAGCUUGAAUCUGAUCCAAAUUUUCUUUCAAAGAUCAUCACUGGUUAUGACCCAGAAACGAUCAAGUCAAUGGAAGACGCCAUCGUCACUCCGUCCAAAAAAAUGUCGUCAAGAGAGAUAACGUACAUUGAAGAACUGGCGGUUCACCAAAUGUUCUCCCGUCACGUUUUCUUUGUUCUAUAA